AUGACCGUCGACAUCUUAGUGGCCCACUCGGACGAGCUGGGCUUGCCAAGUAAUACUUCCAACACCAUCAUCAAUGCGACGACCAAAGAUGAGAACAUUACCCGACCAUCACCAACACUGACACGUUCCUGGUCCUUACCUAACCUUUCCGCAAGGGCGACUGAUACUUUCGCGCUACCGGUACCAGCACGCGCCUCGUCCUUGUCUAUCAAUCUUGCAGACCCAGCCACAGACAUCGACUCUGACAGCUCGUCUCUCUACACUUUGGCUUGGAGCGAUGAGAUGCCAGGACCGGCUACCAGCAAGCGCUGUGGCACGCGAUGGAUUGCGCGUGUGCUUCCCUUUUUCAUGUUGAUUCUCGUUGGCUAUGCAACCUAUGACGUUGUGGUAUAUUGCUGUGUCGAGUACCUCAUUCAAAAGACUAGGAAAACAGCAGCCGCUGUCGUCCUCAUUGCCCUCUAUGCCAUCUUCUUCAUCCUCAUGGUCGCCGCCUACAUCCGAUGCUAUGUAACCAUUCAAUUCAACGCUGGCUUCGUGCCCUGGACCUCUGAGAGGGAGGCCGCUGAAUCAGAAAGAAACGAGCGAUCAACAAACGGCGGAGAUGUCGAAUCACUACAAUGGGCCCCUGCGGAUACGAACCCUGAUAGUCCUGGACUUGAAACCUUCUACAGCAAGGAUGCAUUCAUAUGCGAGAGUGAUGGGCUGCCCAAGUGGUGUUCCGAGUGUAGGAAUUGGAAACCCGACCGUGCCCAUCAUUCGAGCGAGUACGGCCGUUGUGUCUACAAAAUGGACCACGUAUGCCCUUGGAUGGGCGGCAUCAUUUCGGAAACUUCAUUCAACUUUUUCGUUCAAUUCACAUUCUAUUGUGCAUGUUGUUGCAUUAUAGUCAUAGCCGCUAACGCUUAUACCUUGAAGCUUCGCCUAGACGCUGGCCAGCGUGUGGAAAGUCGGCUUAUUGUUGGGUUGGCUUUCGGUGCUUUAUUUGGCUUGUUUUCUGUCACUAUGACUGCCACAGCCUUGAGGUUUGUCUUUCAGAAUAUCACCAAUGUCGAUCUGUUGAGGAAGACCCAGACGUUUCGAUUGGCGGUUCGAGUUCCUACUGGCACACGAUCAACAGACCAGUUCACUACAAUUACCUACCCGCUUUCCCCUCCUGGGGACGACUCCAAGGCCCCAGGAACAGGACACUCUAAUGGCGUGGACCAAUCUGAUGGCGCCGGCUCUAUUGCAACAAAUCGAAUGGCGGUCAGGGACCAACGAGCCAAACGUACAUUCGCCAUUCUACAGACGCAAUCUGGCGAGAACCCUUGGCACGUUGGAUACCGAAAGAACUUCAAGAGUGUUAUGGGACAAACCAUUUUCGAGUGGCUACUGCCUCUACGACAUUCUCCAUGUACCCGUCACGAUAACAUGGUAAGCGACUACGAAUUUGGGCCUCUGGUAGAGCAACUGAAGAGGCGUUACGGGCUUGCUGAGGGGGACAUUGAGAAGGGCGCGAAUGAGACGACUUCAAGUUAG